AUGAUCCUCCCUGCGAGAGUCGAAGAAAUGAAGCGCUUUGUGGACUUCAUGAUCAACAGCCUCAUUGAAUCUGCAGGUCCUCGGGCACAAGCAACAGGCAUCGCCGGCCAGCAAACACAUCCGGAGAUAGUUGAAAACAUCUCUCUUAGGCUGUGGGGCCUCAAUUUCAGGGUUGCCCAAGAGUGGUUCAAUAGGCUGAAGUUACAGCCCACUCGAGGUGGCAUCAUGGAGAACAUCUCGCAAAUCCCUUGGCGAGGUAGCUCUACAUACCGUGCGGAUCUAAACCAGCUUCAGACCGAUGAAACACACGCCGAGGACCAAGCCGGAUGGAGAAUUGUCAGCCUUGUGAUGGCGGCCAGGAGGACCCUCAAGCAGGAGGAUCUCCGCACGGCCGAAGCAGCCUUGAGAUUGCGCAAGCUCGAGGAGAAGUACAUGGACAAAAUGGAUCACAGCCGGAUGAUUUUCCUUUCCAAGGGUCUUAUCACCAUAAUCCAGGAUCCGAACCAGAACGUAGUUGCAGACCCGCCAUUCUACGACUUUUUCCACAGCCCCGAGAGAGACUCCGGCAGUCAGUUUCGUGAAGCGCAUUACAACAUGGCGUCUGCGUGCCUGAACUAUCUUCGCCUGGACAAGCUAUUCGAGAGCAGCAAGUACGAUGUCAACAAAAGGCUCUGGGAAGAGCCUUUUUUGGCUUAUGCAGCGUGCUUCUGGGGCGAACAUGUCCGUCUAGCGAAGAGCAAAGAUGUCGAUUCCAAAGCAAGGGACUUUCUCCAGGAUCACCAACGGUUUGCAGCACUCCUCAAAGUUGCCUGGACCUGUAGCCUACCAGCACAGGCGUCACUUCGGUGGGAUGUCAAUUCGGGUCUCCAUGCACUCCACGUCUGCGCAUGGUUCGGGCUCGCGUCGUUGAUUCCGAUGGUCCGGGGCAAGAGCUCAAUCGACGAGCUAGAGUCAUUCUACAACCAGACCCCGCUGAUUUACGCAAGCAGAAAGGGCCAUGAGAGUGCCGUGGUAGUUCUUUUGGACGCUGGGGCCGACCCCGCACGUUUCAGCAGCAAAGGCUACAACGCUUUGUUCGAAGCAGUCACGGUCUACGAACUUUCUCAGAGAGACUCAAAAAUUCGAAUUUCUAAGAGGCUUUUGGAUGACGGACGGAUCGACAUUCAUGCAACCCACCCAGGAUCCAAGCACCGCACGGCACUCCAUAUCGCUGCUCGCCAGGGAGAGGACUGCGCUUCUCUCGUAGAAACGCUGAUCUCACAUGGAGCGGAUCCCAAUCGUAUCGAUGACCGAGGCUGGACUCCAAUUAUGUCCGCGGCACGACUAGGGCGGGAAAGGAUUGUCGAACGCCUCCUCGAAGCACCUGUCGACGUAGACCUUUUUGGCUCUCAAUGGAACUUCAAGACCACUGCUCUUCACUUGGCUGUUGAGGGUGGCCAUCAAGAAAUCGCUGUCCGCCUGCUGGCAAGAGGAGCGAAGCCCUGGCUCAGAGACGUUUGGGGCUUGGAUGUCGAGGCAAAAGCGAAGAGAAAAGGCCUGCAGAAGCUCAUUGACCUGAUGGCGGAGCAACGUACACCAGGCAGUGGAUCUCCAACAGUAGACGAGAUCCAACCAGCACCUUUGGAGACCCAUGCACUCCAUGAGGCUGUAUCUGGAAGCGAUCUAUCUGCUACUGAUCGCUGGGGCCUCAGAGUAAUGGACUACGCCAUUUACAAUAGGAGGGGCUUUAUGCAGGUUGAGCUUCUCGACGCUGGCGCUGAGUUUGAUGCACACCGGUCCGAUGACCUCAACUUUCUGUUGUCAUUGGCAUAUCACGACGAAAAGGCCAACGCUAUAUCUCGUCUAUUCGCAAAAGGAGCAGAUGAGUUUCAAGCAUACCCUCUCGUGCCCCCGCAGAUGCUUGAAAAUAGCAAUAUUGGAGCUCUACAAAGUCACAAGCGUUCUGCUACCUCCGGACAUACGGAUAGUAUAUCCACAUCGAUAGCUUCCCAGAAAACCAUGGGCUACUCUCAUGAUUCAUUGAAAGGGCAGGGAGUGAAGAGGUUAUCACCUCAAGAAGACGAUGCGCAAAAGAAACGGCGUCUAGUCUAA